AUGGAGACCAACCGUGUUGCGCCUCGUGCCUACAAAGAGGAAUCGAGUGUACCCCCAAGUAAACGCUAUGUCGAGUCGCUGCAGGCCCGCAUCGCCAUUCUAGAAGGUCGGCUUGCUGACAUAGGCAAGUCUGUACAGGGACUCUCACCAGGACUCCAUGAGGGCGCAGAGAGUGCCGAGGAUGAGGGGCAUUCGGGGCUCUCGGAUGCCUCUGACCAAGACGUCGAUUCGCUCCCGGCAGAGUCGAGAAAUCCGAUUGGUGAGAUAACCCAGCGCGCAGGCCGUUUGAAUAUUGGCGAAGACGGCCAGCUGCGAUACUUUGGGGCACAGAGCAACUAUCAUCUCCUCCACGGACCGAUUUACAACGCCGCGACUGAAUCUCUCGACUCGUCGCAGCAAGCCGGGCUCGCAACUGCGGCUCGGCUCGGGAAGCUGGCCAAGGUGUCCCCAGAGGUCGAGGAGCACCUACUCGAGCUCUACUGGAGAUGGCAGAACCCAUGGGUGUAUCUCAUCGACAAGGAAUCGUUCGUGGAAGAUUACAAAAAAGGCGGUACCGGGCUGUAUUGCACUCCUCUUCUACUAUCUGCAGUAUUCGCCCUGGCCUCGCGCUAUUCUGAUCGCGUGGAAGUCCGUUCCGACCCCGCAGACCCCCACACGGCUGGUGACAUGUUUGCGGAACAAGCAAAGCUGUUGUUCAUGCACGAAUCUGAAACUGCGACAUUGGCGACCGUGCAAGCUGCCUGUCUACUCUCAUUGAGAUGGAUGUCGGAGAACAAAGAAUCUCUGGGCUGGCUAUACAUGGGAAUGGCGACUAGGAUGGCAUACAAUCUGGGACUAAAUCUCAACUGCGCGAAAUGGGUCGCUUCCGGCCAUAUCACCAAGAAAGAGGCAGAAAUCAGGAAUGUCACCUGGUGGGGAUGCUAUAAGCUGGAUAAGCUUUAUUCACUUGGCCUUGGCCGACCGGGAACCACGCGAGCGUGCGAUAUCGCUUGCCCAAAACCCGAUCUACAACCUGACGUCGAAUUUGAGCCAUGGUUUCCCUGGACGCAAAAAGACCAGACUCUGCUAGGGGCACAUUCCAGAACAGUUUCUUCCAUGAUUGCAUCUUGUGAUCAUCUGAUGAUGAUAUCCGAGCCUCUCGAGCAGCUCUAUGCCCCGAACAACAAGAUAUCCAAGGCUGAGGCCGAAAACCUGGUUGCUCGCGCUGACGUGGCUUCCAAUGCAUUUUAUACAAACCUUCCUAGCCAUCUACGUCUGGCCGCCUCUCCGCGUGUCCCGUCUCUUCCGCAUGUAUACCAGCUACAUACCUUCAACGCUGCAGUUAUCCACUUAAUAGACGCUGCUUCCCCCAAGGAGCACCUGAGACGGCAUGCUCUGCGGCAUCUUCGGCUUUGUGUCGUCGCGUUGAGCACCAUGGGGCUCGCUUGGUCCUGGAGCGAACGAGCCUUACGCACUUUCCGCCUUCUAGCUAACGAGUGGCUAAUCCCUCACGCCGUGCCGACAGACCUGAAGCAGAGUGGAGUACUUGAAGACCCUAAUCUUGCCCAGACGGACUCCAGGGACAUGGGGGAAGCUCGACAGCAGAGAUUCUGGGACAAUGUGGAGCAGCAACAGCAGCCAGAGAUCACAGUGCCAGCCCUAGUGCCGCAGUACGGUGACUGGACCGCGCCCGCCUCCUGGCUACUCGAACAACAACAACACGAAGAAGCAGAAGCACAACCAUUCCCUGAGAUGGGCUCGGAUCCGGAUAUCCAGGGAACUCCGGCCGGGUCAAGUAGUCUACCAAGCUUCAACGAGAUAGACUGGCUCUUCGAUGUGGAUCUUACCGUAGCCAGUUUCAACAACAUUACCAGCGAGUUUGACAGCUUGGGUCAACUGGAUUCCUGCGUUCCAACUACUCCACAACAAGCAUGCACGCCUGGUAUGACAGUCACCAGCCAAGAUUCCCAGGAAGAGAUGGGUCUUCCCGACUGGGCAGACAACCCGGCAAAUGCGCAAAACUGGAGCACACCGAAGAAAGUCUACAACACAGCGGCUCCUUCGUUGCUCUGUUUGCUGAUCUCUUUCACACUUGCUAUCUAUACACCUUCCCACAAGAAUGUCCAGGGGCAAAUGCACACAAGUGAGACACUGUCCAUACUUCCAUUCACUCUCUACGUAUAUGGCCUGGGAUUUGGUCCCACGAUCUCCGCACCUCUGAGCGAAACCUUUGGCCGUCGAUUCAUCUACAUCUUUAUAACACCCAUUGCCUUGCUCUUUAUUAUGGCAUCUGGUUUCGCCAAGGAUAUCGACGCCUUAGCCGUGUGUCGGCUACUAGCUGGCAUCGCCAUCUCCUCGCCUUUGGCCGUGGGCGCAGGAACUAUUAUGGAUAUCUGGACCGGAAUCAACGCUAACCAUGGAGUGGUAUUGUUGAUGACCACCGCGUUCUUGGGACCCGCUGUUGGGUCACUAGUAGGUGGUUGGAUCGCUGAAUACAAGGACUGGCCAUGGUCACAGUGGACAACAUUGUUCCUAGGGGCUGCACUUUGGAUUUUUGCGCUUGGAGUCCAGGAGACCUAUGCCAUACCAAUCAUCCGCCGGCAGGCCAAGAAGCUGGGUUUGCCUGUGCCGCCCUCGCCUGUCCCUCGCGGCAUUGCUGGACUGCGAUUCUUAGCAACCGUCACACUAGCUCGACCACUGCUUAUGCUGAUUAAAGAACCCAUUGUCCUUCUCUUCUCCCUCUACUCAUCCUUGAACUUCUCCAUUCUCUUUUCUUUUUUGGCUUCAAUACCACUAGUUUACAACACGACCUACGGCUUCACACCUGGGCAAUGCGGGUUGGUGUUCAUCGGAAUUGCGGUAGGGUGCGCUCUUGGCGGCCUUACCCUGGUGGUUCUUGACGCCCACACCCUCAAGCUACACAUCAGACGGACUAGUGGCGAUCCGUCCCCACCGGAGCGGAUGUUGUGGGGAGCAAUGAUUGGAGGGCCCCUUAUGGCCGCCUCGUUGUUCUGGUUUGCUUGGACGGCUCAACCCGAUAUUCACUGGAGUAGUAGCAUCGUGGCAACCGGGCUUUUCGGCUUCUCCAAUAUUUUGAUAUUCGUGUCGACCACGCUUUAUCUUACCAAUGUCUACGGAGCCAAAUACGGAGCUUCUGCACUUGCGGCCAACGGCCUGCUGCGUUAUACCAUCGGUGGCUCUUUUCCGUUAUUCACGGUUGCCAUGUAUAGGAAGCUCACGUACCCUUGGGGUUCGAGUCUGCUGGGAUUCCUAGCAGUAGCUUUCGCCUUUUUACCAUGGAUAUUCUACCGAUUCGGCCGUCAGGUUCUCCGGUUCAGUUCCUACGGCAUAAACUAA